AUGGCUUCAGAAGGUGAAACUAAUCCAUUGAUCAUCUUUGCUACUAUAGUUUCAAUUAUUUCUUCAUUUGUUAUUUAUUAUUUAUUUCAACAAUCUAAAAAAUCCAAACCAAUUUUAAAACCAGAUGAAUUUAUUAAAUUUCCAAUUUUAAAAAUUACAAAAGUUAGUCAUAAUUCAAAAAUCUAUAAAUUUGGUUUACCAAAACCAAGCGAUAAAUUAAAUUUACCAAUUGGUCAGCAUAUUUCAAUUGGUUCAAUUAUAAAUGGCAAAGAAAUAGUUAGAUCAUAUACUCCAAUUUCAAAUUCUGAUCAAUUAGGUUCAUUUGAUUUAUUAAUUAAAACUUACGAUCAAGGUAAUAUUUCAAAAUUUAUGAAUGAAAAAAAAGAAGGUGAUUUAAUUGACAUUAGAGGUCCAAAGGGAUUUUUCACUUAUACUCCAAAUAUGACUAAAUCAUUUGGUAUGAUUGCUGGUGGUACAGGUAUUGCACCAAUGUAUCAAAUUAUUACACAUAUUUUAAAUAAUCCAGAUGAUAAAACUAAAAUUCAUUUAUUAUAUGCAAAUGUUACAGAAAAUGAUAUUUUGUUGAGAAAAGAAUUAGAUGAAUUAGUUUUAAAACAUCCACAACAAUUUAAAAUACAUUAUGUGUUAAAUCAAAAACCAGAAAAUUGGGAAUAUUCAAUUGGAUUUGUUACACCUGAAUUAAUUGAAAAAUAUUUACCAAAAUCAUCAAUUGAUAAUAAUUUGUUAUUAUGUGGACCACCACCAAUGAUUAGUGCAAUGAAGAAAGCAGCAGUUGAAUUAGGAUUUGCAAAAGCAAAACCAGUAUCAAAAUUAGGAGAUGAAGUGUUUGUCUUUUAG